AUGCCAUCUAAGCCAGACAAGCUGCAGCGAGAUUUUCACAAUGUCUUUGUAUUUGGGAUUCUGGGCCUUGUGGCAGCCUGGAUUGCAAAGGUAGUGUACCAACUUGUUCGUGCAGUAGAGUUGAAUGUCCGCCUAUCCAGGGCGCGGUCUUUGCAGCUGGAGGCCAUGAGCAUUUACGUCAAUGACUUCCAAAUGCUAAUAAGACAACAUUUCAACCAGAUUCUCCGCUUGCGGAGGACAGUGCCACCGAAGCUAGUGACACGGCAUGAGCUGACCACCCACGUGCACCCUGAGUCCAUUAGCUGCCUCUGGGUGGGAGAGGAGGACUCAGGUGGUGGUCCCAUGGGCUUCGGCGUGGAGUUCGAUAUAGAUGCUUCUGCACCGUGCUGUGUGAGACUGUACUGGGGCUUGAGCGCACAGGCCUGCAAUGAAUUUGUGCAGCGAAGUCAGGCGCCCGAGCAGUCCAGCAGGCGGCAAGGAGGCAGCACAAGCAGUGCACUUAGAAACUUGAGGGGCCGCUGGGCUGGCCGAACAGCCUACGCCAACCCAGAGACUACUCGAUCCCUCCUUGAAAUGGAAGAGCUUGGAGGUUCUGCUGCUUCAGGCAGUGCGGAGAGUUCAGGAACCACUUGGACUGCCCAGUCUGCCACAAACGAGGCAAACGAAGAUCCACCGUUCUCUUCAAGCAGCUGUUUUGCGCAGUCGCGGGAUUUCUUCUUGCCAGCUGGGUUGGGACAGCGCUAUUCCACACCCGCUGGCGAUUUGAUCCACCCCGGCGUGCUGAAGUUUGACAUGAGUGCAUCCUGGCUUCGGACCAGCCAAGGCCAGGCAGAUCAGCCAGCUAUCAUUCCGCUGGCUGUUGUGGUGCUUUCAUCAGGUCGAACUGGUGGUGCCGGGCAAGCGCAGGGACGUUCGGCUUCGGAAACCAAGGGCCAGAUUUCUUUGGUGAAGUUCCAAACGCGGACGCAGAACGAAGGCAAUUCGCCAUACCACACGGCUGAAGUCAUCAGGCAGUUCUGCUUCUGCGACUCAAAUGUGGCUUUUGAUGUUCAAGGAAUUUACGGCUUUGAGGAUGCUACUGAAAGCGACUGCAUGAUAUGCUAUGCGAGACCCAAGAAUGUUGUUUUGCUGCCAUGCCGCCACUGCUCGGUUUGCCACUCAUGCCUCCGCUCCUUGCGGGAUGAGAAAUGCCCACUGUGCAGAAGCUCCUUCUCCAGCUACAUGACUUGCCCUGUUUCCCGUGGCCCAAGCCAGACCCCAGUUCGUGACAGGGGCCCUGCAGGUCCUCAGACUCCUCAGGGCAAUCAAAAUGAUGCUUGGCCCCGGAGGGUGGCCAGGCCUGACGAGGAAUCUCUUGCUCCGUUGACGCUACCUGAAGGGCAGACAGAGCCAUGA